UGUAGUAAUUGGGGCAUGUGUCAUCAUCAUAAAGCUCCCGUAAGCAUGUCACCCUUCUAAGAACAAAACCCAUGCAGCCAAACCUUCUCAGGCUAUAAAUAGUUGCUCCCUCCAUCUCAACAAGUUCCGAAGACUUACACACACACACACAGAGAGAGAGAUGAAAAUGUUUCGAUUCUUAAAAUCAACGUCAAGAACAGUCCACGAAGAAGAAGAACAGCAUGAGCAGGAGCAUAAGACUACUGAGUCUACUAAUCAAGGUGGUGCAUCCACGUCACUUACAGUGUGGAGAAAGUCUCUUCUAAUAAGUUGCAAUGGAUUCACGGUGAUCGGCUCCAAUGGAGACUUGGUCUACCGGGUCGACAAUUACAGCGGCCGUCCCGAGGAAAUCACUCUCAUGGAUGCCCCGGGAAAACCCGUCCUCACAAUAUUGCGCCGUCGCAAGACGCUUAGGCUGGUAGACAGCUGGCGUGUAUACGAAGGAGAGGCCGGCGACGGGGAGGAUUGUAGAAGAGCAAGUAAAUCGUCGGAGGAGAAGCCAGUUUGGUCGAUAAGGAAGCAUAUAAAGAACAUUCUAAAUCCGAUCAAUCCGAAGCCGAAGCCGAAUGCGAUUGCAUAUGUGUGUCGUGGGGGUGAAGACAAAAGCGCUUACGUGGUUGAAGGCUCGUACGCGGAGAGAUCAUGCAAAGUGUGGAAUGAGUCGAGGAGGGUGGUUGUAGCGGAAAUCAAAAGGAAGGAAGCGAGUAAGGGAGGGGUGUCUUUUGGGCUUGAGGUUUUUCUUUUGGUGGUGCACCCAGGGUUUGAUCCUGGAUUCGCUAUGGCUUUAGUUUUAGUGUUGGAUCAAAUGUUUGCCUAGGAUUUUUUUUUUUUUUUUGCCAAUUUUUCUUAAC